AUGGCGGCUCAGGCUAGUGAGAAGUUGGAGAAGCUUGACCUCAACGGCCAAACCGCCGAAGGGAAAGCGGACACCCCGGCUGCUAGCCAAGCCGAACCCGCCGAGGGCGAGGACGAUUCGGACGAUGACAAGGAGGAAGGAAACGCUGCUCCGGAAGCAGGAACAGGCGGAGCCGCAAAGAAGAAGAAGCGCAAGCCCAAGAAGAAGAAGAAGGGUGGCGCCAAGGUCCAGAGCGCCCCUCCUCGCGUCCCCUUGACGACCCUCUUCCCCAACGGCCAGUUCCCCGAGGGCGAGAUCUGCGAAUACAAAGACGACAACACGUACCGUACGACCAGCGAGGAGAAGCGAUACUUGGACCGCAUGAACAAUGAUUUCCUGCAGGAGUACCGUCAAGGUGCGGAGGUGCACCGUCAAGUGCGCCAGUAUGCCCAGAAGAACAUUAAGCCCGGUCAGACUCUCACAGAGAUCGCGGAAGGUAUUGAGGACUCGGUUCGUGCUUUGACUGGUCACCCGGGUCUGGAAGAGGGUGAUAACAUUAAGGGUGGUAUGGGAUUCCCUUGUGGUUUGAGUAUCAACCACUGUGCGGCACACUACACCCCGAAUGCGGGUAACAAGAUGGUGUUGCAGCAGGGGGAUGUUAUGAAGGUUGAUUUUGGUGCGCAUAUCAAUGGUCGGAUUGUUGAUAGUGCAUUUACAAUGGCCUUUGAUCCGGUUUAUGAUCCUUUGUUGGCUGCCGUUAAGGAUGCUACCAACACUGGUAUUCGGGAAGCCGGUAUUGAUGUCCGCGUGUGCGACGUUGGCGCAGCUGUCCAAGAGACCAUGGAGAGCUACGAAGUCGAGAUCAACGGGACAAUGCACCCGGUCAAGUGUAUCCGGAAUCUGAACGGCCACAACAUCGACCAGCACAUCAUCCACGGUGGCAAGAGUGUCCCCAUCGUCAAGGGCGGGGACCAGACCAAGAUGGAGGAGGGUGAGGUUUUUGCCAUUGAGACCUUCGGUAGUACCGGAAAGGGCUACGUGAGAGACGACAUGGAAUGCUCGCACUAUGCUUUGAUCCCCGAUGCGCCCAAGGUGCCCUUGCGCGUUUCGUCGGCAAAGAACUUGUUGAAUGUGAUUAACAAGAACUUUGGCACUCUUCCCUUCUGUCGUCGGUAUCUCGACCGGUUGGGCCAGGAGAAGUACCUUCUUGGAUUGAACAACCUGGUGAACUCAGGUAUUGUGCAGGAUUACCCGCCACUUUGCGAUAUCAAGGGCUCGUACACGGCCCAAUAUGAACAUACUGUUGUUCUCCGGCCUACCGUAAAGGAGGUCAUCAGUCGCGGCGACGACUACUAA